UUAACGCGAGAACUGAGAGCGGGAUUUGUAAGCGCUGGGUUUUUCAUUCAUCGAUUCGAGCAGGCUAGAAAAUGGCCACCGCGGAGGUACGACUAAACCAUACGAUCUACAUCAACAACUUGAAUGAGAAAAUCAAGAAAGAUGAGUUGAAAAAGUCGCUGUACGCCAUCUUCUCGCAGUUUGGACAGAUUUUGGACAUCUUGGUGGCACGAUACCUGAAGAUGAAGGGUCAGGCGUUUGUCAUUUUUAAAGAGGUCAACAGCGCCUCUAAUGCACUGAGAUCCAUGCAGGGUUUCCCGUUUUAUGACAAACCAAUGCGGAUCCAAUAUGCCAAGCAGGACUCUGACAUUAUAGCUAAAAUGAAGGGGACUUAUGUGGAGCGUGACCGUAAAAAAGAGAAGAAGAAGCCCAAAGGAACUGAAGGAGGAGGAGCUAAAAAAGGUGUACCAGGAGGUGCUGCACCCAUGGUUGCUGGGGUACCUGCUGCUAUGCCUGGAAUGCCUCCCAUGAGCCAGGCUCCCCGCAUGAUGCACAUGCCAGGCCAGCCGCCUUACAUGCCUCCUCCAGGCAUGAUGCCUCCUCCAGGGAUGGCACCGGGUCAGAUUCCUCCUGGUGCCAUGCCUCCUGGUCAGAUGAUGCCUGGGCAGAUGCCUGGACAAAUGCCUCAGCAGGUUGCAGAAAAUCCUCCCAAUCACAUCCUCUUCCUCACCAACCUGCCAGAGGAGACAAACGAGCUCAUGCUCUCCAUGCUCUUCAACCAGUUCCCAGGGUUCAAAGAGGUGCGUUUGGUCCCCGGUCGCCACGACAUCGCCUUUGUGGAGUUUGAGAAUGAGGUGCAGGCUGGUGCUGCACGAGAUGCCCUCCAAGGCUUCAAGAUCACACAAACCAACGCCAUGAAGAUCUCUUUUGCUAAGAAGUAACAACUCUCAGGACCCAUCGUUUUUCUUACUGGUGUGCAAGUCUUUUUUUAAACAAUAUACAACAGUGACCAGAAUUAAGAAACCUUUUUAGAAAUAUCCGUUUCCUGACUUUUGAUCCGUAGAAUGUUCCCUUCUUCCAGGAUUACAUGUAAGUAUGCAUUCUUUAGAUCAAGUUGCUGUGUUUUACUUUGCCAUACUGACAGAACUCUCAAUCAAUAAAAAUUGUCAGGUAAAUUUCUGGAUUUUCAAAUUCUGCAUCCUGUAAAUUUCACAUGCAUUAUAGGUUUUGUCUUUUUGCUUUUAACUCCAGUCCACAAGCAACUUGAUAUGUCUUCUGUUCUCUGUGCUUGAACCGUUUGUCACAAAGCAUUGCACCCAGGAUCUGGUCUACCAGACAUUGUACCUGGAGCUUUUUUUUUUUAAUGGAAUUAAAUGUUUUAUUUGAGACAGUG